AUGGCCACUUGCAGUUGGGAGGGUAUUGAUAAGUCAUGGCUAGUGAAGCUGUCCGACACUGCUUUCGACAAUGAAGCUAGGGUAUAUAAUAUAUCAUAUCUCACUCUUCCAUCAUCUUUGUCCUAUGGUCAUAGACAUCUAUACCUGUGGUGUGCGGAUGUGUCGUAUGAUAACCCACUAGGGCAUGAGAGCCAUGGAGGAGUCCAUGUUUGCAGCAAAUGUGGGUGGCCCUUUCCUAACCCACACCCAAGUGCCAGGCACAGGCGUGCUCAUAAGAGGAUUUGUGGAACCAUUGAUGGCUACAAGUUGGUUGGCUUACAGGAGAACACCCAGUCAGAUGAUGAGCACUCCGAUGACGACCGCAAAACCCCAAGUUCGAAAGUCUUGGAAAGAAGUAACAACGAAAAGGGCAGUGGUCUCGUUGGGGGAGAAUCUGUCAGAUCAGAAGAUGCGGUGUUCUCAGAUGCAGUUGCAGAAUUUUUGGAUAGUGGAUCUGGUGCAGGAACCGGAGAAGGGUUAGAAGAUGUUUUGAAAUCAGCAACUAGUGUGGAAAGGGUUGCCAAGAAUGAUUUGAAUGCCAUCCAAUCCCCUAAUGAUGGGGAAAUCAAUGAGAAUACAACUAAUCAGCUGGGCUAUGCACCGGAGUCCCAGGGAUCUAUGUCAAUCACUAGCAUUGAUUCAAUGAAGAGUUCAGAGUCAGCUGUGCAGGAUGAUAGGAAUGGUUCUGAAGAUGACGUACACCCUAUUACAGAUGUAUCAGAAGAUAGCAAGAAGACCCAUGCUACUGACAGUGUGAUUGAGAGCUCUUUAACAUCCAUUUCACAGGAGGUGCAGGUGAAGGAAAUGGAAGCAAGUGAUCAAGAUAGAAACUUACCAUACGGUUUGGUCGCACCCAAUGAAGUUUCCAGUGAAACAGCUGAGGGUGCCUCUAAGUUAGAAAGAUCAGUUGAAGUGACUUCAGACUCUCUGCGAGAUAUUGAAGUUGUUCCAUCAGAGAAAGAGCGUAUUCAUGUGUUUGAUUUGGAUAUUCCCCAAGUUGGUCUUUCCCCUGAUGUUGAAUCUGUUGAACAUGCACAAGCUUCUGUUAAUACCGCAGAAAAUAAGGUGGAUACCACAGACGAGAUGCACUGUUUCAGUUCUGGUGGAUUAACUGAGAGUAGCAACUCGAAGGGUGAAGGGAGUGCAAACGUACAUGUGCUUUCUGUGCCUGAUGACCUACCAGUGGUAGACAAUGCUGCGGCAAUGCUUGAAGGUUUCAAAACCUACAAAGAAGAGAAACUAGACCAGCCCACUUUUCUGGACUCUUGGGAACAAUUUAAUGACGAGGAAAACGGUGUUAAAAAUCCUGUUUCAAAUGACAAUUCUCAAAUCUUCCAGUCAAGUAAUUUAAGUGGAGGCACUGUGGCCUCUUCAGAAAUGCAUGAUUUAGAAGCUAGCCAUGAACUGGAUGGAGGCAGCAGCAAGCCAAUGGUUAAAGAAGUGCCUUCUGAAGAAGCCAGUGUGUCUCAGAAUGAGAUCAAGACUACUGAAAACCAAGGUUCAGAUGAAAAAUCAACCCCUGCUGACAUUGUGAUGCCUCAGGUAGCUAAAAACUUGGUUGGCUUUCCUGAAGGACAGGUGACUUAUGAUAAUUACAAGUCGUUACAGGUGAACUUUCCAGAAAGUGAUACAAAUGUUGCAUCUGAUGCAAAAUCCUUGAGCAGUACUGGUAUAAAUCAAACAACACACUCUGUUGGUCUGGAUGAUAAUGAGAAAGAUGAAAAAUGUGAUUUGAGUGCGGAUCAUAGCAGCAAAGGACCCGUAGAAGGAAAUUUUAUUGACGAUGGUGAUCAUGAGACUGAAAAGUAUGCUAUAACUGGGGAUGAGUACAUUGAAGUAUCUAUGGAGAAGAUUGUUGCUGAGAACCCCAUUACUAGUUUGGAAAAUACCAGUUGUCUCUCCGAACUUCAAGUUAAUCCAACAGAUAUACAUAAUGGCGAUGACUCUGGUGAUCACGAUAAGGGUGAAACUGAAAAGAGCCCUAUAUCUGGAAAUAAAAGUAGGGGAGGAUCUAUUGAGGAGAAUCUUUUGGCGAAGCCAAAACUGAACGUGGACAGCAGUUCAAAUUCUAGCAGAGCUGACCUCAAUGUAGUUUCAGAUACAAAGAAAAGUGUGAUGGAAAGUGAGAUUGAUUGUAAUGACAAGGUCCAGCUAGAAGUUGGGGGCAGCACUGCUGCUGGGUCAGAACAUGGUCCCAAUGUUGAAUCGUCACAGAAGAGUUUAAUGGACUGUGGAACGAAAGAAGUGGGUCUGUCCUCUUUAGAUACUGAAUCUUCUGUUCCAAAUCUGUCCUCUUUAGCUACUGAAUCUUCUGUUCCAAGUUUCACCGUUGCUGAAGAUAACUGCUCCGGAGAGCUCCUUGGGGUUUCUUCUGGGUUGACUUCUCAAUCUUUGCAGGAAGAGAGUGAUAAACUUGUUGAGCAACAGACAAAUUCGUCUGCACUUGAUGUUGUUGACUCGAAUAGCCAAACUGACAGCCUCGAAGGCAACUGGGGAUCUGUUUCAGUUUAUUCUAUCCAGUCAGAGGCACAAGCUGUUCUUGAUGCUGAAGCUGUACCACUUACAGAUCCCCAAGCUUCAUUGGAAAAGAAGGCGAAACUUGCAUCUGAGAGGCAAUACUCUGACAAAUCUGAUACGUUUGAGGCACCGUCUUUCAUGACAUUGGUUGAACCUGGAGGCGUUGAUAAUCAAAAGGCUACUGGUGCUGAAAUCAAGACAGCACAGAACCUGGAACAGCCAAAACCUGCACCUUUGCAGGCUGGGUGGUUUCCUUCUAUUACUCAUGUUGUGAACGAAUCACCAGGGAGAAGGAAGAAUGAAGAGAUCAUCGCCAAGGUUACAAACUGGAGCACUGCGAAGCAACACACUCCUUUGAAAAACCUUUUGGGUGAGGCCUACCUAGAGAACAAAGCCAAGUCACCGAACCAAAAAGAAAGUCAAGCCCCUACGCUUCAGAAAGAUGAUAAAGCAGUGACGGGGAAGGACAAUGGUCGUCUAACAACGACAGUGAACUCAAUUCUGGCUCCCGAAUCACCAACAGGUCAGGCAUCUAGGAAAGACAAUGCAAAAGAAUGGAACUCUCCGGCAAGGUACCCUCCAGAGAUCAAGAUUGAAAAGCAGAAAGCCAAGGGGAGACCGUACUGGGCACAAUUUUUAUGCUGCUCAUCUGCGCAUCAGCAUCCGUAGCGUCUCAGUUCAGAAAUUUGGAAGUGAAGUUUUCAAUUAUUGAUGCACAUAUUGUCUGUGUGUUAGCUCUAAGUGUUUACUUCUACCGACUUAGGUGCAUAUUGUCAGUAUGGUUAUUUGAGUCUGGGAUUUUUAGUAGGCUUUGGUACUGUAUUUUACGCGACGGUUCAAAGUUAGUCGAUGUUUGAUAUGGGACGAAAUUUCAGAGCUAAA